AUGUACAAUCCUUUCCAAUUGGCAAUUGCCAAGUUUUCGGGUUUGUCCGGCCUUGACGAAGGAUCUUGUAAGAUUCUGACGUGCCUAUUUUUGUCGUUUCCUCUAAGUGCAAUCUUCAAACGGAUUCCAGAUCAAAAAAUACACUUCAAGAAUUACUACAUUAUAGCGGUCAGUGCCGUGUAUAUCUUUCUCAUACUUGAGAUUUGGUCUGGGUUUUUUGUGCUUUUGUUCAAUGCUCUGUUUACAUUUGUCCUCGUUAAGUAUUACAAAUCAAGACUUAUGCCAUGGGUCAAUUUGAUCGCAUUGAUGCUUUUCCUCUGCGUGAACCAUCUGAAAGCGCAGUUUUUCGCUCCUGAUUAUGAUCCCUCAGUGAUCGACAUUACUGGAGCACAGAUGGUUUUGGUCAUGAAGCUCAGCUCCUUCGGAUGGUCUGUUAGCGACGGUCAACUGUAUCACAAAGACAUCGACAAGUUCAAUCAACUGAACACAUACCAGAAAUCCAGAGCAAUCUUGAAAUAUCCACCAAUUCUUUACUAUCUUGGAUACGUGUUUUUCUAUGGAUCUCUGGUUACUGGUCCUUCUUUUGACUAUAGCGAUUACGAAAAAUUCAUUCUGACCGAUAUUUUCAAUGAUGUUCCUCUUGAGAAAAGACCAGGACGUUUCUCCAAACGCAAGAUUCCGCGCAGUGGGCGUGUUGCCUUGAGAAGAGUGGCACAGGGCGCUUUCUGGGCCGUUUUGUGGAUCUACAUCAAACCAAUAAUUACGUUGGAUUAUGCCUUGUCGUUUGAAUUCACCCAACAAUCAAUUUUCUACAAAAUCAUUUUCUUAUGGAUCUUGGGCAUUGUCCACAGGAUGAAGUACUAUUCUGUUUGGUCCAUUAGUGAAGCUGGCUGCAUUGUUGCCGGUUUGGGUUACAAUGGGUAUGACCCCAAGACUGGCAAGAUGUAUUGGAACAGAGUCCAAAACAUUGAUCCGUAUGCUUUCGAAACUGGUCAAAACGUUCACGACUGUCUCGAGGCAUGGAACAUGAAUACCAACAAAUGGUUAAAGAAUUAUAUCUAUCUCAGAACAUGCAAACGAGACCCCAAAACCGGUCAAUUGAAACCAGGAAUGCUACCAACCUUCCUUACGUUCUUUACAUCUGCUUUCUGGCACGGAACAAUGCCUGGAUACUAUAUGACCUUCAUCAUCGGUGCGUUCAUGCAAACAGUCGGUAAGAUUUUCCGCAGAAAUUUGCGUCCCCUUUUCUGUUCGAAAGAUGGUUCUAAUGUGUCAAAGUACAAAUUCCUGUACGACAUAAUUGGCUGGUUUGUUACUCAGUCAGCGUUUGGAUACAUUGUGCAACCGUUCAUGAUUUUGAGAUUUGUUCCCUCUUUCAACUUGUGGAAAACAUGCUAUUUCUGGGUCCACAUUAGUUGUGUUGCAACCAUUGUUUUCUUCGAUAGUCCUUUCGGAAAGCAAGCUUCCAAGAAAUUACAAAGUUACCAUUUGCAACCAAUUAAGGCUACAAAGGUCCAGGACAAAGAAGUCUCGCUUGCUCAGCUUAGAGAGCAUUACAAUUCGGCCACCGAUCUCCAAGACAUCGUGCGUAAAUUACCAGAAUUUGAUAACCAGGAAGAGCUGCAAGUUGAAAAUGUCGUCGUUCCUGAUAUUCAGGAAAUCAAGGAUAAUUAUGACAAAUUGACCAAAGAAGUGGAUGACUGGGUCAAAGCCAACGAAAAUGCUGCUGUCGAUAAAGCUGAGAUUGACGCUGUUCACUCUGCGUUGGCAAAUAUCGAAAGAGAUGUGCGCUCUUAUUUGGAGAAUAAGAAAACCGACUGA